AGGGCAGCUGCUGCUGGGGUCCGUUCGUGUGCCCGUCCGCGCCCCAUUAAGCGAUUUCCUCGCUUAACGAGCACAGGUAAAUACUUACGCCUUUUCUGAGUGAAAAGCGAGACAAAUGUUGUCUCGUCCGCAUUUGAAUGACAACAGGGAUUCACUUGCAAAUCGUAUUGCUUCAUGGUAUGCGUUAGUGCAACUGUUAACCUAAACACCAGAGCAGUUCUUGAGUGUGAGCUGAACAGAUUUCUGCUGAUUUACUACCUGGAGAAAGAUUACAGUAGGUGAGAAUUUGGCUCUUGUCUCAGAGUGAGUGGCAGUGAAACAGGGGAUUUAAGGGUUAAAUAGAAUGAGGAGUAGAACAUAUGGUAUCAGUUACUGUGUGCUUAUAAGGAAAGGAAUGCACGAUAAGAGACCCCUGAUUUAUAGAUUUUGCUGGGCUUGCAAAAAUGAAGGGGACCCUCUUCGUAAAAGUGCAGAGUCUGCAAAAUAUCGCAACCGAGAGACUAAAGCACAUGCGUAGAAAGACAAGGUAAAAAGUUCAACAGCGAGGAAGACUGCUGUUCUUCAUCAUUUUCAGCCCACCCACUCAUCUAGAGACCACCGACCCAAUAAACUACGCAGCCGCAAUGAAUAUGCAACUAAUUUCCAUACGGAGCGGGAAACAGGCGGGGCAGAUAAUCAAUAUGUAUAGGCGAUUUAGAAUAUGCAUGAAUUUCCUAGAUAAAUAGAAGAUUAGAAAUCAUGUAAGGUACGCAGGAUUUGGGAGGAUGCUCUCCCCCUGCGUCCAGCGCUGAAUAAAAUACGUACUUACUCCACAACUUUAUAAGUUGUGAAGUUUAUUUCCGUGCUUCAGCAGGAGAGGACGGAGUCUCAAGCAGUGCCAGGGAAGGUUCAGGCUGGGCAUCAGGAGGAACUCCUUCACUGAAGGAGUUGUUAAAUAUUUGAGUGUUGGAAUGGGCUGCCCAGGGCGGUGAUGGGGUCACCAUCCCUGCAGGUGUUCGGCUGGAUGUGACACUCGGGGCUCUGGCCUGGGUGACAAGAUGGUGUUUGGUCACAGGUUGGAUUCGGUGAUCUCAGAGGUCUUUUCCAGCCGGACUGAUUUCGUGAUUCAGUGGUUUGAUUUCUGUUUUGCUCCAGAUCUUUGAAAUACCACCGAGACUUGGUCACCCGGGGGUGGAUUUCUGAGGAUAAGGCUCUGCCCUCUGCACUCAGGACAUGUAUGGCUGAAGGGCUCAGCCCCUUCCCUGGCUGCAGGGCAGCGCUGUUCUCCUUCCCACCAUGUGACCUGGCACACCUGCACAGCAAAUAACUCCUUUUUUCAAAGAAUGAGCACAUGCCGGUGGUGCACACAGAGUGGUGCUGACACCACCGAGUUCCUGAAGCACUAUGCUGCUCAAAGGCUGUCCCAGGAAGAUUUUGAAGGAUCCAAUGAUGACCUCUGUUACUGCCUGGAGUGUGUGGUUGAAUAUCACAAAGCAAGGGAAGAAUGUCCAAGGUUGCAUGAGGACUUGUGGGACUUGGAAACCUCUCGCCUCGUUGCCCACAUGGAGAAAUCCAUGAACGAAGAAACAGGAGAGGAUGAGUUGUUUCUGAUUGAUGAGCGUGGGGAGACACCUCUGUCUGGUUUUGUGGGCCCAAAUUUUGAGAACAACGUGCGGGUACCCCUGCUGGAAAUACUGAAAUACCCUUAUCUGCUGCUGCAUAAGAAAGUCAGUGAGCUGUGUGUAGAAGUGCUCUGUAGAAUGGAACUAAGUCAUGACUCCUUUCAAGUCUUUGAGAAAUACCCAGGAAUUUAUCUCUUUUUGGUACACCCAAAUGAGGUGAUUCGUCGAUGGGCCAUCCUAACAGCAAGGAAUUUAGGAAAGGUUGACAGGGAUGAUUACUAUGACUUAGAAGAAGUGCUGACUUGUUUGUUCAAAGUUAUUGAGUUGGGGCUUUUUGAGAAUCCAGAUAUUUACAGCUCUUCAAUGUUUGAAAAGGGUAAACUCAUCCUUCUGCCAGCUCACCUGUAUGACACAGCCAACUACAAGAACUAUUGGCUGGGAAUUUGCAUGUUGCUGUCAGUGCUGGAAGAACAAGCUAUGGACUCUUUGUUACUGGGCCCAGACAAACAAAACGAUUUCAUGCAGUCUAUACUUCACACUAUGGAGAAAGAAGCAGCUGAUGAUUCCACUGACCCGUUCUGGCCUGCCCUGCACUGUUUCAUGGUUAUUUUGGAUCAGCUGGGAUCUAAAGUUUGGGGUCAGCUGAUUGAUCCUGUACAAGCCUUUCAAACCAUAAUCAACAGUGUGAGCUACAACAAUGAAAUCAAAAAUAUUCGCAGCAGCUUCAGGAGGACAAAAUCUGAACCAGAGUCAGACUACGGUGACGACAUGAUUUCUUGCAGUCAGAUUGUGUAUAAUUAUAAUACAGAAAAGCCUCAAAAGGACACUGGCUGGAAGGCUGCCAUUUGCCCAGAGUACUGCCCCAACAUGUACGAAGAUAUGCAGACCCUGGCUAACAUGCUUCAGUCUGACAUUGGCAGAGACCUGCGUGUUCAUCACAGCACAUUCCUCUGGUUCAUCCCUUUUGUUCAGUCCCUUAUGGAUCUCAAGGACUUGGGUGUAGCCUAUAUAGUAGAAGUCAUCCACUACCUCUGCUCAGAAAUCAAAGAUAUCCUCAUCGAAAGAAUCCAGCAGUGCGACAAAAUCUCUGAGUUCUUCCUCCUCAUCUUGGUGUCCAUUGUUGAGCUACACAGAAGUAAGAAGUGCCUGCAUUUGCUGUGGAUCAGCUCCCAGGAGUGGGUGGAGGCAGUGGUGAGGUGUGCCACGCUCCCCAGCAGAGCCUUCACUCGGUGCAGUGAGAAGGCACCGGGGCUGUGUGCCAAGGGCUCGGCCCCGGGCUCUUUCCAGGCGCCCAGCUCGGUGCAGCACGCCUGCGUGCAGCUCAUCCGCAGCCUGCUCAAGGAGGGCUACCAGAUCGGCCAGCACGCCCUGUGCAAGCAGUACCUGGACAAACUCAACCUCCUCCUGCGGGGAAAUCGAGCUGUGGGCUGGCAGCUGAGCAGCCAGGAAACACAGGAGCUGCAAACGUGUUUAAAGCAAGUUAUAAGAAGUAUAAAGGGUAAAUCACUGAGCACCUCUUUGGCUGGAGGAAGCAGUUCAAACUCAACAGCUUUGCCAACUCUCUCUCUAAAGCACGAGAGGAAUGUGUGUGAUGAUGGAUACAAGACAAGUGGGCAUGAGAGGAGGGACCUUCAUUCACCAUUUGUCAUGUCGAAGGAAGGCAGAGAUUGUCAAGAGAGCCUUUUCCAAAGGAGAAAGAAUGCCUGGGAAGAGGAAUGUAGAGAUGCAUGUAGGAGUUCAACAUCUUGCACAUCCACAGAAGGCCUCUUGAUGAAUAUUAAAAAAGAGCCUGAUGACUUGGCAGCUCAGGAGUUUAUCUUCCCACAGAACUCUUUGGCAUCAAAAGUAUGUAAGAAAGUUCAGGAAAAUAGGAACUCUGAUCUUGCGGCAGGGAAAUGCAAUAUGGGUAAUGAGUGCUUCAAUUCGAACAUGCAGCAUUCAGAUUUCAGGAGAGGCAGAGAGUUAGACAUGAAAUACAAAGCAGAACCCAAAACACCACCAUAUCUGUCUGCUCAAACUCAGGUUGAUUCUCUAUCUUCAGGGAAUUGCAGAAGUAUGCAAGAGACAAGUGCAAGCAGUGUGUUCCAGUCUAGACUGAUGCCCACUAAAGAGGUCUGCAGGGAAGAUUCCUCUAACUCCUCUAGAAGUGAACCUGGUGUGCCGGGGAAGGAAGAUGACAGUACUUUGCCUUCACUGAAAAAAGCAUCAACAGAAGAAAAAUCGGGUUCAUUGUUGGUGUCUUUCUUUACAAGAAACACCACUGUGCAAACUUCAAACCAGGAGCAGCCUGAUUUAAAUCAUCUGGAUAAAUAUGACUGCAAAAAUCAAUUUUUGGAGACCUCUUGUAGGGAUAACAUUUCGGCGUGUGGUUAUUUUCCAUUUAGCUCAGAAAACAAGAGGGAUAUGAUCAGGCCACUGUCAGUGAAGUGUGAAUCAAGUGACAGGUUGUUUGAGUUUUCAGAAUAUUUCAAGAGGGAAAACAGUUCAGUGGGGAAAAAAGAGGAUGAUUUUGUGAAGACCGUUUCUAAAGAUGAUGUUUCAUCAGACUCCCAGAUUGAUAGAGAGCUCAGUAAAUUAUCUUUAGUUGCUUAUACCAAAAGUGUCAAUUUUCCUGUUGAAUCCAUGCAGGAAAGCUCAGUGUGCCACAAUGUGUCUGAUAUUAAAAGGAAAGUGAAAGGUGCUGUAAGAUCUUCCAACGAGGGCCAAAGUACCAAAUGUGUCAGUGGUGCAGGUGGCCGUAGCAAUCAAGUAAUUGUAAUUUCAGACUCUUCUGAUGAAGAAAAAGGUGUGGCUGACAAGGUGUGGCAAACAAAAACCAAGAAUGAAAAUCUGUUUGCAGAGGAAUCUUCAACUUCCAGCAGCAUUUCUGAUAGUGACACUAAAAGAGAAUCACGGCCUCCAGGCUCUCCCCUGUUGCUGGAUGACUGUGAUUCUCAGUACUUUGAGUUUGAAACAGAAGCUGACGUUUUUUCAGCUUGGCAAGAUACUCAAGCGUAUGCUGUGGAAACAACUCAGGAGUGUAAACAAGAUCAUGUUUCACCAGCAGCUGAGACGAGUAAUUCAGGUGACUGCCUGAAUGAUAACUUAAAUGACUGGGGCUAUGACCUGCAUUACUUCAGUGAUGAUGCCGCAGAAGAAGCAGCCAGCUCAAUAGAAAAGCAGACAGGAGAUACUUCUCAUCAGAAAGAAGCUGAUGAUACAAAAGAAGCGACUAAUUCGGCCUUGGAAGAAUCAGUUGGCAAGGAAGAUGCAAAAGGUCAGCUGGAGAAAUGUGCAGACAAAGGAACUGCUAAAGGCUUCACCCCAGAUUUAAAAUUGCCUGAACCCAAAGCAUCUACAUCUCCCAUCUCAUUAGCUUCAAAGUUGGCCCUCAAGAAAAACAGCACAAGCCCACGGAAGACCACAGCAAAAUGUAAAUCAGCACUGGCUGUUCAGAGAAGUCCUAAAAAACCUCCCCUUGUUAAAACAGCCAAAAAUAAAACACCCCUCCAAAGCACGACAGAACGUUCUCAGCCUGGCAGGUUGAUGCCUGCUGUGGUUCCUCCCAGGAAGGUUCGGCAGAGUCCUGCUCCAACAUCAACUGUGGAAAAGCUUGGCCUGAAGAAGGGCCCCCGCAAGGCAUUCGACUUGUCGCAGCCCUCGCUGGAGAGCCUGGCUCAGCUGCGCAGCCACGGCAAAGCCGCGGGCAGAAUCGGAGUUGCGCAGAAAAGGAGAACCAAACAGAUCGAGCCUCAGUGUUUGUCUGUAAAACGUAAUAAAAAACUGCUCGUCUGCCAAGAGCGGCAGUAUCUAAGGCAGACAAGGCCCAAAAGAAGCCUGAAAAAUUCUGCAGGAUGUUCGGAGAGCAGAAACAAAGUUACCAAAGUGUGUGCAAAGCCUGUGGAACAAAAGCCUCGAAGUUUUGAACUGGCAGCUAUUAAAGAAUCUGUUGAAAACCAGAGGGAGAAAAAAAGAGAAGAGACUGCUUGUCCUUCUGCCAGUGAGAGAAAACUUGAGAACUUCUCUGUGGAGGAGGUGGCAAGUGCCUCUGAAAUGCCUCGUUCUUCAGACUGGAUCAGAAAAUGGGAGGGUAACAGUGUGGUGGUUCCUCCUGUCCCUAUGGAUUCAGGACUCUCUUCCACUGCACUUGGAGAUGCUAAAGAUGAGUCUUCAGGAAAGGGUUGCACUGUCCUGCCUGAGUGUGAGAUGAAAACCUCAAAGCAAAAUGGGUGUAAAUCAGAUGAAAGCAGUGACGAAGGUGAUGACAAUCUGUUUUUAACCCAGUUGGAUCCUGUGGAUAUGGAGUUAUGUUCUCAGGAGGAAAGUGUUCAAGAUGCUGCUACAGGCAGUAAGACCCCAGAGGAGAUGGAUGUUGAUGAAAGCCUUCGGCAGAACGAGCCCUCAGCUGUUGUGAAGUGUAAGGACAAAGACUGUAUGGAACAGGUGGAAAAACCUGAAGAAUACUGCAGUAAACACGCAGCCACCAGCCCAGGGCCAGAUCACGUGUUUGCCAAGCCUUCUCUACCACCACCUAAAAUAAGAAAGCCUUCCACUACCAAAAUUUUCAGCGCAGCAAGUUCUUCACGGAACGCAGCCUUCAGCAAAGAUCUUGAGGAUGGCAGAAAGUUGCCCCCACCUUCAAAAAGCAAAGUGAACGCGGCCAAAGCCAUGGUGGUCAGGCCACCACCACAUCCAAAACCUGCACCAGCAGGAAAUCCACCGUGCAGAUCUCCAAGUUUCAGUAAUGUACCUCAACCCCUUAGUUCCAGUAAUGUUCUCCAGUUACAAAAUAAACGCUAUGAGAAUGCUUCAAAUAUUUCCAGGGGGCCUGGCCGAGAAACCUACUCCUCUUUUCUUGGCGCUCAGCAGCGCGAUUACAGCAUUUUUGUUAACCAAGUCCUGAAGUGGACUUAUGAAAUGUUUGCAAACUUCAGCCUCUUUGGAACUCCAGAUAAUCUUCUGCAUUCCAUAGUAGCCUCUGUUCCUGUCCAUUUUCAGGGCUACAACGAAUAUUUUAAUACAUUUUUUCCCUUGAUGAUGCUCAACGCCUUUGAAACACUGGCACAAGAAUGGAUAGAAAACCAGAAAGUAAGAGAGAAAAGUUAUUGCUUCUACUUAGAGAACUUUUCUGCUGACAUGAAUACAGCACAUUUUACAGCUCAUCUACGAGAGAGUGAUUUGGCAAGGCAGCUUCAUCCGAAGGAGGAUGACUUAAUCCUUUUGGUGGUCCACAAGGAGAAGGACACUUUUGGGGAAGACAGUGGGAUGGAGAGCCACAUAGUGAAUCAUGUUGGCCUCGUGACACGAUUUUCUCGUGCAUCUGGCUACGCAAAUAGACAAAAAGAGCAGCAAACUGCCUGUCAUCUUACUGUGCAAACCCGAGGCAAUUUGUCAUUCUUCAUCCAUAAGCAAGUGAAGUGUGUGGUGGUUGGCUCCCUGGUGACCACACACAGAAAGUUCAAAGGUCUGCUGUUGCUGAGCAGGAGCCCCCUGGCUAAACCCAUCAUAAAUCCAAGUUACAAUGACUUCUGUCCCAGAGAUCUGCCUGUUGCCUCAGGAAGUGCUGCUUCAUAUAUGAAUGAAUACAAUGAAGAUCAAAAGAGAGCCAUUGAGACAGCUUAUGCCAUGGUAAAGCAGCACCCAGGACUUCCCAAGAUCUGCCUUAUCCAUGGACCACCUGGGACAGGGAAAUCAAAAACCAUUGUAGGACUCCUGUCCCGUGUUCUGAGAGAAAACACUAGGAAUGAGAAAACAGCUCGGAAAAAAAAUUCCAAGAUUAAACCAAACCGUUUUCUAGUUUGUGCACCAUCAAAUGCUGCUGUUGAUGAACUCAUGAAAAAGAUCAUCAUUGCUUUUAAGGAAAAAUGCCAAAACAAACAGGAGCCUUUGGGAAAUUGUGGUGACAUCAAAUUAGUGCGACUUGGUGCUGAAAAAUCAAUCAACAGUGAAGUCCGGGGAUUCAGCCUGGAUAAGCAAGUUGAACACAGAAUGAAACGAAAGCCAGGUGACUGUGACCAGGACAUUCAGAAGAAGAAAGAAGCUCUGGAUCAGAAGCUGGACAUGCUCUCUCGAGAGCGUGCCAUGCACAGAUGUGAGAAGAGAGAGAGUCAAAUGUUAAAUGAUGAAAUUGGCAGACUUGCAAAGGAGAGACAGCAACUCGCUUCUCAGCUAAAGGAGGCUCGGGGGCACUCCCAGAAAGUGCAGGCAGACAUCAUCCUGGAGUCUGACAUCAUCUGCUGCACGCUGAGCACCAGCGGGGGGAGCCUGCUGGAGUCGGCGUUCUCCCGGCAGGGGCUCGAUCCCUUCAGCUGUGUCAUCGUGGAUGAGGCAGGGCAGUCCUGUGAGGUGGAAACACUGAUUCCACUGAUCCAUCGCUGUAAUAAACUUGUCCUCGUUGGAGAUCCCAAACAGCUCCCUCCUACUGUCAAAUCAGUAAAAGCUCAGCAGUAUGGCUAUGACCAGUCUUUGAUGGCCCGUCUGCAGAGGCACCUGGAGGAGCAAGUGCAGAGGAACAUGCUGCACAGCCUGCCUGUGGUGCAGCUGACCGUGCAGUACAGGAUGCACCCAGACAUCUGCCUCUUCCCAUCCAACUAUGUUUAUGGCAGGACUCUAAAAACUGCCAAGUCAGUAGAGGAGAACAGAUGUUCUUCAGAGUGGCCAUUCCAGCCCUACCUGAUUUUUGAUGUAGCUGAUGGUCGUGAGGAGCGAGACAAUGACUCUUACAGCAAUCCUCGGGAAGUGAAGCUGGUGAUGGAGUUAAUUAGAACAAUUAAAGAAAAAAGGAAGGAUUUGGGUCUUCGUCGCAUUGGAAUAAUUACCCCUUACAGUGCACAGAAAAAGAAAAUCCAGGAACAACUGGACAGUGUGUUUAAAAAUAAUAGCCCAGGAGAAGUGGACACGGUGGAUGCGUUCCAGGGCCGGGAGAAGGAUUGCAUCAUCGUGUCCUGUGUGCGGGCAAACAGCUCCGAGGGCUCCACUCUGGCGCAUGUGCAGGCAAGCAGCACCAAAGGAUCCAUUGGGUUUUUGGCGAGCCUCCAGCGACUGAAUGUCACCAUCACCCGCGCCCGGUUCAGCCUCUUCAUCCUGGGCCGGCUGCAGACGCUCAUGGAAGAUAAAAACUGGAAUCACUUAAUUCAGGAUGCUCAGAAAAGAGGUGCCAUUGUUAGGACAACAGAAAAAAAUUACAAGAAAGAGGCUCUGAGGAUUUUGAAGCUCAGGCCACCAGGACAGCCCCCAGCCAAAGGAGGGAUGAUGACAUCUCCUGUGGUGCAGGCUGGUUCUUCCAGUGGCAAGAGGAGUGAGCCUGGAAAUUCUGGGAACAGCCCACGGGAACUUGCUGCUGGCCCUGGCCAUGCAGUGCCCCAAGGAAGCCGAGGGCCCACACAGCCUGCAGGGACUCCAGCUGCAGAUUCCAAUAGGGGCAGUGCUGCUGCAUCCAUGGGAGCUCCAGCUGCAGAUUCCAGGAGGGGAAGUGCCCCUGCAUCCAUGGGAGCUCCAGCUGCAGAUUCCAGGAGGGGAAGUGCCCCUGCAUCCAUGGGAGCUCCAGCUGCAGAUUCCAGGAGGGGAAGUGCCCCUGCAUCCAUGGGAGCUCCAGCUGCAGAUUCCAGGAGGGGAAGUGCCCCUGCAUCCAUGGGAGCUCCAGCUGCAGAUUCCAGGAGGGGAAGUGCCCCUGCAUCCAUGGGAGCUCCAGCUGCAGAUUCCAGGAGGGGAAGUGCUCCUCUAUGUAUGGGGGCUCCAGCUGCAGAUUCCAAUAGGGGCAAUGCUGCUGCAUCCAUGGGAGCUCCAGCUGCAGAUUCCAGGAGGGGAAGUGCCCCUGCAUCCAUGGGAGCUCCAGCUGCAGAUUCCAACAGGGGCAGUGCUCCUGCAUCCGUGGGAGCUGCAGCUGUAGGUUCCAAUAGAGGCAGUGCUGCUGCAUCCAUGGGGACUGCAGCUGCAGAUUCCAGGAGGGGAAGUGCCCCUGCAUCCAUGGGAGCUCCAGCUGCAGAUUCCAGGAGGGGAAGUGCCCCUGCAUCCAUGGGAGCUCCAGCUGCAGAUUCCAGGAGGGGAAGUGCCCCUGCAUCCAUGGGAGCUCCAGCUGCAGAUUCCAGGAGGGGAAGUGCCCCUGCAUCCAUGGGAGCUCCAGCUGCAGAUUCCAGGAGGGGAAGUGCCCCUCCAUCUAUGGGGGCUCCAGCUGCAGAUUCCAGGAGGAGCAGUACUCCUGCAUCCGUGGGAGCUGCAGCUGUAGGUUCCAAUAGAGGCAGUGCUGCUGCAUCCAUGGGGACUGCAGCUGCAGAUUCCAGGAGGGGAAGUGCCCCUCCAUCUAUGGGGGCUCCAGCUGCAGAUUCCAGGAGGAGCAGUACUCCUGCAUUCAUGGCAGCUCCAGCUGCAGAUUCCAGGAGAGGCAGUGCUCCUGCUUCCACGGGAGCUGCAGCUGCAGAUUCCAAUAGGAGCAGUGCCCCUGCACCCCCAGGGGCUGCAGCUGCAGAUUCCAGGAGGAGCAGUGCCCCUGCACCCUCAGGGGCUGCAGCACUUGCUGCCAUGCCCGAGAAACCACGGGACCCAAGGCUGGCAAGCCUGGCCAGUCGAACUGAAGCCAAAGGCAAGGAGCAGCCCUUGAAAGACAGCCCUCGGUCAGCCCAGAGCAACCCAGGAGCAACAGCACAGCAAGGCCUGGAUGUGUCCUCAGCUGCCAGGAAUCAGAUCUGCAGAACAGAAAAUGCCAAGAGGGCCCAGCAAACAGCAGGACAGUGCAAUGUGCUUCCCACAGCCCCUCACACAGCUCAGCGUGAGGCUGAGCGGAGAGCAGCUGUGGCCAAAAGUGGUUCCAGAGCCCCCAGUGAAGGAGGUCAGAGUAGUGAGUGGAACAAAGACUCUCGUGGUUUAUCAAGGAGACCAUCCCAGGAAGCACCAGAGAACACAGACUCAGGCUCUGCCAAGAGAAGAAAGAUCUUUCCCUGACUUUACUACUGGCUCAUUACUGAAAAUCUAUUUCCAGAUUUCUGUCUAGCAAGGACUGUAUUUUCAAUUAUUUAGCACAACAGGAACUCCCUUAUAUUGGUACCACUACUAUCAGUAGAUCUUUUUCCCAUCCUGUCCCUAAUUGUGAAGGGAUUUCAUACCUGGCAGAUGGUACCUUUGAGGUUUUGUAAAGAGAAGUUGUGUAGCUGCAUUGCUUGGAAGAGCACUGGGUUUAGUCAUCUAGGAAGCUGAGGUUGUAAAUGUUUAACGUUGUAUAUUUGUACAGUAUACAGAUUUAUUUUAAGAUAUUUGGCAAAUACAUAGCUUCUUGUUUCCUUGUGUAAAUGCUAAUUUCUUAGAGGUGAAUUUUUUUUUAUGAAGAACCAGAGUAAAGCAAAAACAAAACCCAAGAACCCAACCCCAAAAUCCAAAAGACAGCCUUCCCUUAGCACUAAUAUGUCUAAUUUAUUUCAUAGCAAAAUUGAAUGUUGAAAUUGUGGUAGCAGGGGUUCUUGCUCAUGCUCCACUACUGCCUCAGGGAAGAGUGAGGCAGAUGUACAUUGGUUGAAUGGAGAGAAUUCUGCUUAUUUUGUAUAUUUUAUUGCCUGUUUUUAUAGGAACACAAGAGUUUUUGUUUAUACAAAUGUGCCUUGAGUUUUGCUCUUGCUGCUGCUCUAUCAGUUGGAAUCCCUUUCUUGUGGCAGUGGCAACACAAUCUGCAGAUUCAAACCUGUGAGGUCUGUUUGGUCCCACUGUGUCCUUGUGAGGAGGAAUCGACAGCACUGUGGAAUCUUGGUCUGAGAUCUAGUUAAGUUAUUGGUAAUAUCACUUGAGUUGCUUUGUAUAGAGCUUUUGGAGAUCCACAGGGAUAAAAAAGGCAGGUAGAUCUUCCUACCUUUUCUUUUUUUCUAGGUGUUACUGCUGCAUUCUUUCCAUUGUGCUGAUGAAGAAUAUGCAGCCAUUAAAAGAGGAUGGCUAAAAAACAAAUUAUUUUUAAGAAAACCUUCCUCACCUCAUAACAUUUCACAAUAAAAGUGGAAUUAUUUCUAUUAAGAAUUCCUUUGGGUCACUGUGAAGUAUCACUUUUUGUUUUGUGGAGCUUGUGUGUGUCUCAGGAGGUGAAGAGCAGCAUUUCACGUGCAGUGAGUUUUGUCUGGGGAUAACCUGAGAGUGCAGAGCUCAGGGAACAGGAGCUGCAGGGUUGGUACCAGUUGAGUGCAUGGAGGUUGUGCCAUCUCCAGGUGUGUGCUCAGGGAGUGUCCUGCUGUCCCAUGUCACAGCCUUGUGGCAGUGGCUUUGCUGGAGUCCCAAUUUAGCCAUAACCCUCAGUCCCAUUUUUGUUAGUGCAGGGAUGACUCCAGCUCUGUCCUUGGAACCCACUGCCAGGCAGGGCGGUGUGCUCCAGCUCAGGGAGGCACCAGUGCCUUACUCUGCCAAGCACCAGGUGCUGCUUCAGGCUGUCAUUGCCAGGAAAACUCUGAUCCCCAAUGCAUCCACACCCAGAACAAACUGCUUUACUGGUAGGAGCUACCUUGAGAAGUGUGGGGAGGCUUUUAUUGCUGGCUGGGUCUGUCCAGCUCCUUGUGCUGUGCAGAGCUGAGUGUUGCAAUGUAAUGGGGAGAAUCUGGGGGAUCCCUGUGAGGUGAGAUCAGCAUCUGUGCAUUGUUCAGCUUUAGUUAUUUGUUCUGUUGCAUUCUGAAUCCUUCAGUGACCCCUGAUUCCUCCUGCAGCUCUGUGUGCUCCUCUCCAGCUGCUGUGACUCUUGUGAGGCUGCUGAGUGACUCUGACCUUAACAAACUGGACAUUUCAGUCACUCUCCAUCACAGGCUCCAUACCCUGUGUGUUAUUUCCCUUUAUGUUAAUAGGAAUAUUUAAAAACUGUCAUCUUCCAAGCCCCUUGGCUCUUGUUGGCAGGGCUGUGCUGCCCUGCCUGCUGUUUGUACUUAGCACAUUAAGAGGCUGCUGCUCUGCAAACCCCAGGGCUAUGGAAGCCAUUUGGACUGUCUCGAUGUAAAUAAAGUGAAGCUGGCAACAAAAUGAAUGAGGGAAUGCUUUUCUGGUUAAUAAAUGCAAUUUGGUCACAAGAAUGUUUUUGUGAAACUUUUAGUUUUCUUUCUACUUAGUCUGCAUGUCAGAACUGAGAGCAGUACUUGCCACUCGCUGGAAGGAAUUUUGGUUUAACAUUUCAUUUUUGUUGUACUUUAUAAUGCCUGUGUUUUCCCAUAAAUCAUCUUUGAGGUGUGUUCAGUGGCUCAGACCUUUUUGCUGGUUUAAUACUAGCUUUAUCUGACUUAAGUUGUCAGUCUUCAGCAGUAGAUUAUUGCUGCCAUGUCAGUCUGUAUCAUUAGUCCUGUAUUUGUCAAUAAAAAAAUGCUUGGUUUUUUGCACUUAAAACACUUUCCCUCUUCACAAACCACUCAGAGUGGGUUUGUACCUUUAGCUUUUUCUCCUGUUGUUUAUACCAAGCAAAAUCCAAUCCACAGCACACUUCUCAAAUCUGCAAUGAGGAACAAACAGAUCAGGUACAAUUUUCAUAAAUUCUCUGCUGUUCCCACUGUGUGGUACAAAGUGCUGAGUAGUGAUGGGCAGUCACUGUGUAAGCUGUGAACAGACCCACUGUAGUCAUUUGUAACUCCUCAGAGCUGGUGGCCCUUGCAGAAAGCUUUUCAGUGGUUACUGAGUGUUAAAGUUGGAAAAGUCAGUAAAGAAACAUACUCAACCCUUUGGAAGAAGCAGUAUCCAGGUUUUUAUAGGGAGGCUUCCAAGCUUGGAGUUGAAUUCUCAGUGCAAAGCCAGUCUCUCUGUCCUUGGGAAGGAGGGAAAAGUGCUGCUGCUUCUGAGUGCUGAACUGUUUUGUUAAGGGUUUUUCAGAGUGUGGAGAUUUUUAAAAUUUAUUCUUUGUAGACAAAAAAGGCUUUGCAGUAAAUGUGAGGUAUAACUGUGGUUAUUCCUUUUUCCUCUAAGGUUUGCUGUAAUUUUCAUGUUGUUAGUCCCAGUCAUGGUGAUGUGAGAGCAGGGCAGGCACUUGUCUGGUCUGUGUUCCUUUGCUCUGGGUCACUGUGCCCUGUGCUGUGCUGCCUUCCCAGCUGUUCUGGGCUGUCUCUGGGGCACCAGAGGGAAACCAGCAGUUUUCCAGCAGCAUUAUCCACUCUGGGAAGUGCAGGAGGGAGGUUUUGGCUCCUCGGUGGGUGGGCUGAGAGCUGGAGAUGCCAAGGAUUGUGCUUGGCUUUCUCAGGAGCUGUGCCAGGCUCGUGUGGGGACGUGAGCAACAUCAACCUCUCCUUCUUCCUUCUCUCCACUCACUCCCAGUGCUGGUGUGACCAUGAGUUCUUUCAGUGCUGUCUCCUGGGACAGCUAAUUAGCAGCUGGGUCUAAUGAGUGGUGCAGGCUGUCAAGGCACUUCUGCCCCUGCUAAUCCAUGGAAUGGGAGCAGCCCCCACCCCUGCUACACUCAUGUGGGGGAAGCACAGAGCAGCCUGAGCUUCCAGAGCACACAGAAUUUGUGACUAAAGAUCAAUUGUGGCUAA